UGGAUUAAUUUGUUUCAGGGUGCGUCGGCCGAAGUGGCUCUGAAGCGGAACGACCCAAUCACACUGACCACAGACAAGGCGUACGCCGAGAAGUGCAGCGCCAAGACCCUCUACGUCGACUAUGACAACAUCACGAAAGUCGUCAAGCCUGGCAACCGCGUCUUCAUUGAUGAUGGUCUCAUCUCUCUCAUCGUCAAACAGGUGGGAGCCAAGGAAGUGCAGUGUGUAAUUGAGAACGGUGGUGACCUGGGCAGUCGCAAGGGCGUGAAUCUGCCAGGAGUUCCGGUCGAUCUGCCCGCCGUCUCCGAGAAGGACAUGUCCGAUCUCAAGUUUGGAGUCCAGCAGGGAGUCGACUUCAUCUUCGCCUCUUUCAUUCGUAAUGCCUCGGCUAUCACCGAUAUCAGGAAGAUCCUUGGCGAGGAAGGCAAGAACAUCAAGAUCAUUGCGAAGAUCGAGAACCAGCAGGGCAUGCAGAAUCUGGAUGAGAUCAUUGAGGCCGCUGACGGCAUCAUGGUGGCUCGUGGUGACCUUGGCAUUGAAAUUCCCCCGGAGAAGGUCUUCCUCGCUCAGAAGGCUAUGAUCGCCAAGUGCAACAAGGUGGGCAAACCAGUGAUCUGCGCCACACAGAUGUUGGAGUCGAUGGUGAAGAAGCCCCGCGCCACACGUGCCGAGUCAUCCGACGUGGCCAACGCCAUCUUGGACGGCGCCGACUGUGUCAUGCUGUCCGGCGAGACGGCCAAGGGAGAGUACCCGCUCGAGUGUGUCAAGACAAUGGCCGACAUCUGCAAAGAAGCUGAGUCUGCCGUCUGGCACAAGCAGCUCUACAUCGACCUUACCUCUGAGAUCCCAGCGCCAAUAGACGCUACGCACGCGGUGGCAGUGGCAACAGUUGACGCAGCCAGCAAGUGCCACGCAUCGGCCAUUGUGGUGAUCACGACGACAGGGAGGUCUGCCCACCUGGUGGCCAAGUACCGCCCCCCCUGUCCCAUCAUCGCCAUCACUCGGCAAGCGCAGGUCGCCCGCCAAAUGCAUGUCUACCGCGGUGUCCUGCCUCUGCUCUAUGACGGUGCACAGCAAGCUGAUUGGCUGAAGGACGUCGACGCACGCGUGCAGUUCGGUCUGUCGUUCGCCAAGAACCGUGGCUUCGUGAAAGCCAACGACCCGGUCGUCAUCGUCACCGGCUGGAAGCAGGGUAUCGGCUACACAAACACCAUGCGCAUUGUGUAUUUCGAUGUAAAUUCCGCUAACAUAAUAGCAAAUUGAAACGAUUUAUCACCAAAAGAGCUGCUCCAUAAGGAGGAUUGAGGACGCCAUUUGAUGUUGGACUGCGCCACAACCUAGUAAUAAAUCUUUCUGAAAACGUUUCAAAGAGUUGUCCAAACUCGAUUGUUCAUUUAGUUCGAAACUGUUCUAUCUGAUCAACAAGAUUAAAGUAUUGAAAAAUAACAGAGUAUAACUUGAAAAUAACUCUAAUAAUCAGAGUUUGAAUUAUAGGGUCCGUUUAUUCUAUUUUUUUCAUAGAAUAUAUUCAAAGUAUUGCUUGAAUUUUCAAUGUUUCUUCUCGAGCUUUAAUUCCGGUUUCGAACUUAAUCUACUUUUUGUUGUUGAUCAAAAUGAUUUUUGUUAAUUGCUUUUUCUUGAGCAUCGAUGGUGAUUUAAUCACAGUACAUCUAUUUAUUUUAUUUAUUCAUUGUAGAUUAUGCUUUAAAUUGAAAAUCGAGUCAUACUCUGUAUUUCUGAAAUUGAACUAAAAGUUUUUUAUUUAAGUUUAUUCUUGUCUUGUCCUAUCAGGAGCGAAUUAAGAAUUCCUCCUCAAGAAUAAUAAUAAACAUUCAUUAAUUUAUUUUAUACAGUUUUUUAUCUACAGCAUAUGUUAAAAAACAUACAGAAUUGUGAUAUAUUUUUUUAAAUAAUGAUAUCUAUUUCGUAUCAUUUUAGAAUUCCAAUAGUCUUAUAUCUGUUUUAAUAAUUUUAUAGCUUUAGAGAAGUAAUAAUAUUUCAUUUAUAAUGUAUUGCAUUGUUAUUUAUCUGAGCUGGUUCCUAGGACGGGAAGAGUCUUAUAUAAUAUAUUUUCAAACUGUAGAAUCAUUAUUUUCAUCCGAAAUAAAUUGAUAUAAUUGAA